AUGCCCAAGUCAAAGCGCUCCAAGGUCGUGCACAUGACCCAGGUCUCCAAGAAGAACCGCGACCAGAAGGAGCAGCUCUUCCAGAACAUCCGCGACGCCGUCCCCGAAUACCAGCACGUCUUCGUCUUCAGCGUCGACAACAUGCGCAACAGCCAUCUCAAGGACGUGCGACGUGAACUGUCCGACUGCAGGUGCGCGGAAAUCCCCCACCCCCCAGAAGCUACCAAGGCAAAGGGAACUCAAUUGGCUAACACAUAUACACCCAGAAUCUUCUUCGGCAAGACAAAGCUCAUGGCCAAGGCCCUCGGCCACGACGCAGCCGACGCCCUCGCCCCCGGCACAGAAGACCUGUCCAAGUACCUGUCCGGCACCGUCGGCCUCAUCCUCACGAACCGCCCGGCCCAGGAGAUCCUCGACUACUUCUCCGCGUACGCCCCCAUCGACUUCGCCCGCGCGGGCGUCCCCGCCAGCAGGGACUUUUCCAUCCCCGCGGGCGUCGUCUACUCCACCGCCGGCGAGGUCCCCGCGGAGCACGACGUGCCCAUGGAGCACUCCAUCGAGCCCGAGCUGCGGAGGCUGGGCGUCCCCACAAAGAUGGUCAAGGGCAAGAUCGUGCUGGGCGAGGAGAGCGGCGAGGGCGAGGCGUACAGCGUCUGCAAGGAGGGCGACAUCCUCGACUCGCGGCAGACCAGGCUGCUCAAGCUGUUUAGCGUAUGCUUGAGCGAAUUCAAGGUCAACGUGCUAGCAUACUGGAGUUCGGCUACUGGGGAGGUGACUGAAGUCAACCCCAGCGCAAUGGAGGAAUAA